CCUCUCUCCAGGCGUCUGUUUAUGAAGGCCAGCCUCUGGAGCCGCCCAGCUCGAUCCUCGCCGACCUCGCAGAGCAUCCGUGGCCAGCUUGCCCAUGCCCACUGGACGCCUCGUAACUCGUCUCUCGCAGCAGCCGACUCGAUGUUUGUCAAGGCCAACAAGGCGUUCAAGGCCAGCGACCCCCCCGGGCGCAAUGCCCUGUCAAAGCAGCUGUUCCCGUCCAGCAGCCCGAGUGCGUCGCCCAUGACGACGGAUAUUCGAGACCAGCUCAAAAAGGCCGGGACGGGCUCGGCUCUCAGCAGCGCUUCUGCAUUGUCGGCGAGGACGACGCCGUUUUCGAAGUCUCCGGAGCAGCAGCAGCCAAUGGCCAGCUCUGGUGGUAGUGCCGCGGGCUCGCUGGCAUCUCUGUACGGCAAAUCCGACCCGUUCAAGGCCAACCCCGAGACUAUUGACCUUACCGGACCCGAAAACAACGAAAAGACCAAAGAGCAUGUCUACUUCGUGGAAGACGACUUUAGCGAUGAUGAUGAUCUCGAUCUCGACUUUAAGGCGCCGUCAGCGCUUCCCACACUCCCAGACCCAAAGCCUCCCAUUGUAGAAGAGGACGAUUUCCCCCCUCAGCAGACUCAGCCGAUUGAUUGGUCCUCUUCUCCCAAAUCUCACUACUUUCCUUCUAAACCAUUGUCGACAGUUUCAUUGAAACGUGAUUCGUCUGGCGAGAGCGACCUGACAGGACCUCCCAUUUCCAAGAAGAAGCGAGUCUUGCCGGCAAGCUUCCGCUCAGAACCUGAACUGAGCCAAGACCAAGGCCCAUUUGAUGUCCCUGCAUACGUCCAACCAACAAAGCCAAAGCGCAUAUGGGAAGCUUCUGCCGAUGCUCUCAAUGAGCAGAAGAAACAGCUCAAGAUUCAGCAAUCCGCUCGAGCGGAUUCUCAAGGCAUAGAUGAGCGGCCGCCACAGUUCGGGAAAACCCACGACGCCUCUAAUAAAGGCGAAGCCAUCCAUCUGAGUAAGGAACAGGAGCGUGUGCUCGAUUUAGUGGUAAAUCAGGGCAAGAGCGUGUUUUUCACUGGUCCGGCUGGUACAGGAAAAUCAGUUUUGAUGAGAGCCAUCAUCACCCAACUGCGAGCCAAACACGCCCGAGAUCGCGAGCGGGUGGCUGUGACUGCCUCAACGGGCCUUGCCGCGUGUAACAUUGGAGGAAUUACGCUCCACAGUUUUUCAGGUAGGCUUGAUGCUCACCUAGGCCAUGGGCCUGUUGCUGUCGGCUGUUACCGUUGA